AUGGAGCCAAUCGCUGAGACAGGUGCUGCAGGCGUGCAAGUGAAAGAUGAUCUUGCUGAGAAAUGUCAGAAGUUAUUUCUGGAGUUUUUAGAGGAGUUUCAGGAUAAAAAUGGUGAACUGUUAUAUCUGCCUGACGCUCAGGAGUUGAUUCGACCAGAGAGAAACACUCUUGUCGUGAGCUUUACAAAUAUUGAACACUACAAUCAGCAACUUGCCACAACUAUUCAAGAGGAGUAUUACAGAGUGUAUCCACACCUCUGUCGAGCGGUGCGUCACUUUGCCAGAGACCAUGGCAGCAUACCGCCAUCUAAAGAGUUCUAUGUGGCUUUCUCUGACUUUCCCUCAAGGCAGAAAAUUCGGGAGCUCUCGACCGCCCGUAUUGGCACGUUACUGCGGAUUAGCGGGCAAGUGGUACGUACCCACCCUGUUCACCCAGAGCUGGUGAGUGGCACCUUCCUGUGUCUGGACUGCCAGUCUGUUAUUAAGGAUGUGGAGCAGCAGUUUAAGUACACCCAGCCUGCCAUCUGCAAGAACCCUGUGUGUGCCAACCGAAAACGCUUUAUGCUUGACACCAACAAGUCCCGCUUUGUUGACUUCCAGAAGGUGCGCAUCCAGGAGACUCAGGCAGAGUUACCACGAGGUGCUAUCCCUCGGAGCGUGGAGGUGGUUCUGAGGGCGGAGGCGGUGGAAACUGCUCAGGCAGGGGAUCGCUGUGACUUCACAGGGACGCUGAUCGUCGUGCCGGACGUCACUGCUCUCGCCCUCUCUGGGACCAGGGCAGAGACCAGCAACAGAAUCACUGGGAAGGAGGGAUUUGAGGCAGAGGGAGUUCAGGGGCUGAAGGCUUUGGGGGUUAGAGAGUUGUCUUAUAGACUGGCCUUCUUAGCCUGCCAUGUUGCUCCUACUAACCCUCAGUUUGGUGGCAAAGAGCUGCGUCAGGAGGAUCAGACUGCUGAGAGUGUGAAGAACCAGAUGACUGUUCAGGAAUGGGAGAAAGUGUUUGAGAUGAGCCAAGACAAGAACCUCUAUCACAACCUCUGCACCAGUCUCUUCCCAACCAUUCAUGGAAAUGAUGAAAUCAAGCGUGGAAUUCUACUUAUGCUUUUUGGUGGAGUUGCUAAGACAACCAUGGAAGGUACCUCGCUGAGAGGUGACAUCAAUGUGUGCAUUGUAGGGGACCCCAGUACCUCCAAGAGUCAAUUUCUAAAGCAUGUGGAGGACUUUGCUCCCAGAGCAGUGUACACUAGUGGUAAAGCCAGCAGUGCAGCAGGUCUGACGGCCGCUGUGGUCAAAGAUGAGGAGUCACAUGAGUUUGUAAUCGAAGCCGGAGCACUUAUGCUGGCAGACAAUGGGGUGUGCUGCAUUGACGAGUUUGACAAAAUGGAUCUGAAAGACCAAGUGGCUAUCCACGAAGCCAUGGAGCAGCAGACCAUCUCCAUUACCAAAGCUGGCGUUAAGGCUACUUUGAAUGCUCGGACCUCUAUCCUGGCAGCAGCCAAUCCUGUAGAUGGCAGGUAUAACCGUUCCAAGUCCUUAAAACAGAAUGUUAACAUGUCUGCGCCCAUCAUGUCCAGAUUUGAUCUUUUCUUCAUUCUGGUUGAUGAGUGUAAUGAGGUGACAGACUAUGCUAUUGCAAGACGUAUCGUGGAUCUGCAUGCCAGAAAUGUGCAAUCUGUAGAACGAGUCUAUGCCACAGAUGAAAUCCAGAGAUACAUACUUUUUGCCCGUCAGUUUCAACCUAAGAUCACCCCUGAAGCUCAGGAGUUUGUGGUGGAUCAGUACAAAAGGCUUCGACAGAGGGACAGCAGUGGCACUGCCAAAUCUGCCUGGCGUAUCACGGUCAGACAGUUGGAGAGCAUGCUCCGCCUGUCUGAGGCUAUGGCCAGACUCUACUGCUCAGACGAGGUUCAACCCAAACAUGUGAAGGAAGCGUUCAGACUUCUGAACAAAUCUAUAAUUCGUGUUGACUCACCCGACAUCAACUUUGACCAGGAGCAAGAAGAUUAUGAGGAUAUAAAUGAUCAGAAUGGCAUGAUGAAUGGGGAGAGGCAGGGAGAGAAUGGCACGAAUGCAACUAAUGGUCAUGCUUUAGAGCCUAUGGAUACUGACCAUCAGCCAGACAAGCAGGAGAGGACGGCUGCAGCUAAGCCUGCUGUGAGGAUGUCCUUUGCUGAGUACCGUAGGGUCUCCAACCUCCUAGUGCUACACAUGCAGAAGAUGGAGCAGUUGGAUGAAGAGUCCUCUCUAAAGAAGAGUGAGUUGAUCAACUGGUACUUGAAGGAGAUGGAGAGUGAAAUAGAAUCGGAAGCUGAACUCAUUGCCAAGAAGAACCUCAUUGAAAAAGUUAUUCAUAGAUUAAUUUAUUAUGACCACAUCAUCAUAGAGUUGACUAAGACCGGACUAAAGAAAGUUAGUGAUGAAGGAGAGGAACCCAUCUUGGAGGAAGAUCCCUUUUUAGUGGUGAAUCCAAACUACACAAUGGAGGACUAG